CACCAUCUGUGCUGGAGUGUACACGUCAAAAUAUUAUGUGACAAGAUUUAGGUUUGAUGCUGAAGAGAGCCAAAUGCGUCCUCUUAUUAACAAUAUACGCCUUUAGAUCUUGGAACUAUUUUCAAGCAACUACAUUUACAUACAACUUUAUAAAGACGGAAAUAGUCGAGGUAAAGGCGGGACUUCCCCAGAGACGUUCUUCACUGACUUCCCAUAUCUUAUUGGUAAACGAAAUGGCUAAGACAAAUUGUGAUAAACCGCACACACAAGUAUGGAUUGCCCUGAAGAGACUCGAUCAAAACGACGAGAGAGUAAUUGCUUUAAGAGAAGUUCGCAUAACCAGGGACGCAGAGGUGGCCACAAUUAAACAACUUAUAUCACAUUCUUUUGGGCUGGCUUCCCAAGUUACCUUGAAGAUAAGAAAUAGCCAAGGAUCCUUAAUUCCUUUAAACAGUGCUCUACCUGCCAACACCAAACAAAGGCCUCAUGUUUUGGAAGUCGCAAAGACCUUCCAACAUGUUACUCCAAAGCCCCGGCUUGUUGCUAUGACUGUGAUCCAUAAAAGCUUAAAAUCAAGACUUCAGAGUGCUGUGAGGAGGAUUGAGCGUCUUGAGGAACUUCUCCCUCAGAUUAAACUGCAACAUCAUGAAGAGAUGAAUAAGGACAUUGAAUUGCUGAACCAAAAGUUGAUAUUUCUUCAUAAAAGAAUGAAGAUGGCAGAUUCGCGCUGCUGGAAAGGGAGUAUCGUGAAGCCUCCUCUGUGGUAGCCACGGAACAUAGGAUGUUUUACAGUUCAUCCCUCGGGAGCCGUGAUGAUUGAAGGCACAGUCCAGUAUAAGUGCUGUGAUUGGGCGUCAGGCCCAGAGUUUUCAGAGUGGUACAAAGUGUUGCGGUUUUCUUGAGAUGAAUGUAUAAUUAAAAUAGUCAAUUAGAGGAUGUUCUUCCUACACUUUAACAGAUAAUCAUUUGUUUAUUUUAUUUAUUAGUGAAGUUGCACAUUUUCUUUUAAGACGUAUGGGUGAAUUAUGUACUUGUUAAUUUGUUCACUUACGUAUGGUAUAGAAAAAAAAAAUCACUAUCAAGGGUGAAGAUAUGUUAAAUAAUCAGCCUGAUGUUUUGAGAGCGUCAAGUCUAACCCCUUGACACUGAAAUGUUUGAUCGCAGUGCUCUAUACCUAUGUAAGUAGUGUUAUACAACAGUUUAGGACAAUACAGGUUAUGUUCAGUUGUUUUGGUUUUAAUCCAUACUUAUACCUAAAUCAAGCCUUGCAACACAAAUCUAAGAAACCUUUCAGAAUGAGGCUUCUUAUAUUGAAGUAUGCAUGUGUGUAAUGCAAACAGUAGGAAUACACUCAUCUGCUGAACUACUGAAAUGAAGCAAAGCACUUCAUACAGCAUUACUGUGACCACCGCGCAUCACAGGAGUUUGUCUCUUUGAAAUGUAUUUGCUUAGUCUUCAUUUUGUUUUCUCAAAACUUCCACAUUUUGUUUAGCGAAUGCUGUGUGGAUCAAAACAACCUCUGCAAAGAUAUUCUUUUACAGAAGUCGGUCCUGUAAUGAUUAUUUAUUUCUGAUCUGUAAGUAAUGGUGAUGUUGGAAUAAUGUCAGACCUUCUAUGAAUAGCAAAACACAUUUUCUUCAUUGUUCUUUGUUGAGAAAAAAGCAAAUGAGGCCAGCCAAAGACAAAUAAAGGAUAAUGCUUUAUAUUAAAUGUUAAACGAACCAUGUAAAAAAAUAAAGGUUGGUUUUGAUGUA